UCGUUCCUUAAAUACACAUCAUUGGACCCUAUAAGAAGGCAUCCUCUUCACAAGCUCAUCCCUCAACCCGUUCAGUUCCUUUCCUUACAUUUCCAUUCUACCAAAAAAACCCAAGCAUGGAGCUUUCUCUCUCGCGGUACCUCCCUUUUCCUUUCCUUCUCUUUAUCCUGACCGUUCCUUAUGUCAAAAUCACCUCAGCAGUAUGCCACGGGGAUGAUGAAAAAGGUCUCUUAGGCUUCAAAUCGGGUAUUACCCAGGACCCGUCAGGCAUGCUCAGCACAUGGAAACCGGGUACAGAUUGUUGCACUUGGGCGGGUAUAAAUUGCCUUUUCAACGAUCGGGUCACCAGCAUUUCUCUUUUCGGGCAACUUGAUAAACCCAACAGCUUCUUAUCGGGUACAAUUUCUCCGUCCCUGUUAAAAGUCCAAAAUCUAGACGGUAUCUACCUUCAAAAUCUAAGAAACAUUUCGGGUAAAUUUCCCGAUCUUAUUUUCGGGUUACCCAAACUCAAAUUUGUUUACAUUGAGAACAACAAGCUUUCGGGUCAAAUACCUAUGAACAUCGGUAGGCUAACCCAACUUGACGCACUUAGUUUAGCUGGGAACCAGUUCACAGGAACAAUACCAAGUUCAAUCUCUGAGUUGACUCAGUUAACUCAGCUAAAUCUUGGUAACAAUCUUCUCACUGGCCGGUUCCCGGCCGGAAUCAGACAGCUUAAGAACCUUACCUUUCUGAAUUUGGAACGAAACAAGCUGUCAGGCAUCAUUCCAGAUAUUUUCAAAUCAUUCACCAAUCUUAGAAGUCUUACACUUUCUCAUAAUGCAUUUUCCGGGAAAAUCCCAGAUUCAGUAUCAUCUCUAGCACCUAGAUUGCUAUAUCUUGAGCUUGGCCACAAUGCUCUCUCAGGGCAACUACCAAGUUUUCUUGGAAAUUUCAAGGCUUUGGACAGGCUAGAUCUUUCGUCGAAUUUAUUCACGGGAGUAGUACCCAAAAGCUUCGCAAACUUAACUAAAAUUUUCAAUCUGGACCUCUCUCACAAUGUUCUAACCGACCCAUUUCCCGAGAUGAACGUGAAAGGUAUAGAGUCACUGGAUUUAUCAUACAAUAAGUUCCAUCUCAAAGAAAUUCCGAAAUGGGUCACUUCAUCUCCAAUAAUUUAUUCGCUCAAGCUAGCAAAGUGUGGGAUUAAAAUGAGCUUAGACAGUUGGAAGCCUGCAGAAACUUACUUUUACGACUACAUUGAUUUGUCGGAUAAUGAAAUAUCAGGUAGCCCUGUUGGUUUAUUGAAUCGGACAGAUUACUUGGUGGAAUUUAGAGCCUCAGGGAAUAAGUUGCGGUUUGAUUUGGAGAAAUUGAGAAUUGUUAAGACACUGAAACAGUUGGAUAUAUCGCAUAAUUUGGUGUAUGGCAAGGUUCCAUCGGCUAUUACUGGUUUGGAAAAAUUGAACGUGAGUUAUAAUCAUUUGUGCGGCCAGCUACCCAAGACGAAAUUUCCUGCUUCUUCAUUUGUGGGAAAUGACUGUUUGUGUGGAUCUCCAUUACCGCCAUGCAAACUGUAGCAGGCUCGAAGUGUUUGUGGAAAUGUCAGUGAAGCUAGUGAUCAAUAAAAGUUACUGCUACUUACCACUAAAAUUUUCAGAUGUACUCUUCUUUUUAGGAAAGGGAGAAGAAUAAUAAAAGUUUUAUGUUUUUUAUAA